CGUGUGUCUUCCUGCAGCUUGGAGCCGCUAUUUGCUCUGGUAGUCAGCACAGCUCUACUGCGCAGCUGCGGAAGUUAAACGCUGAGAGACCGGAAGUAAACACCGUGACUGUCUGUGACAACGAGACGCGCACAAUUACUUUGAAUAACGUUUGUCAUAUUUGUAAUCAGGCAUCCGCACGGACACCUUAGUACGGCGCCCGAGAGAAUCACCGCGCGAGGACACAAGAAAGCAGACACGUGGUAGGCGACACGUUGCAGGCAAAUAAAGCAAAGACUUACUUUAUUAUCUCCAAAGACUUACUUUAUUAUCUCCACUUAAUCUGUCUUUUCCCUCGUCGAUAUGACCGCUAAUCCUCCAGGACCAGUCUUCCAGAAUAAGGCCCGAGUACAAAUCCUGGCUGAGCUGGAGAAAGAGAGAAAACGCUUGAUGCAGAAUCCGUCCAUGACCACUCCAGGAGCCAGCAGCCCGAUUUCUCGGCCCAGCAUGAAGGAGUUCCGGGACAGUGCAGAGCAACAACACAUUGUUGUCCAGCAGAAAGCAGCCCUGCAGCAUGCACACGCACACUCGUCAGGCUUCUUCAUCACUCAGGACUCCUCAUUCGGUAACCUCAUCCUCCCUGUGAUUCCACGCCUGGACCCUGAGUCGUGACGCACACUCCCAGGUUUCUUAUCAUGUGACCACAUACAACAUACCAAGACUGUACACCAGUCUUCCAUGCCAUCACUACCAAACAUAGGGCUCAUUAUUUUCUACACAUUGAAUUGUUUGGAAUGCUGUCUAGGUAAUAAAAUUCUAAUAUUCAA